AUGAUGAGAAAGGCAGAGAAAUACCAGGAAUGCAUGAAACAGAUUCCUAUUCCAUCAUCAACUUGUGGGUUACCAAUUUGCUGCAUGACCUGGCAAGGAUUAGCCAAAUCUAUUAAGCAAGUUUAUGAUCAGCCAUUGCAUUACCUCACAAACAAGCUUUUAAAACAGUGGGAUCAAUUAAGAAUUGGAACAAAGGAUGAAAGUAAGCCAUUGGACAGCAUUAUUGACCCUAAUAAAGCUGAAGCUACCAUUUGGGGUAUGGAAGAAUUCCAUAGGCAGUGCUCCUCCCAUGAGCAUUUGGCUAAACUGUGGUUUUCAGACCCACUGCAUCAUGAUUUUGUUGACAGAAGUGUUCCAUAUUGA